UCAUAAAUAUCUAUUAGGUAGGGGUGGGGAAUGAGAAGGAUGGAGGGUGUGGGGCAGACAGGAGAUGAGGCCAAAACCUCUGGUUUCUUGCUAUGGCCCAACAUGACUGAUUAAUUACCUUGUGUUCAUAAAUAUCUAUAUGAGAUAGCUAUACAUAGAUAAGGAAAUCACAAACACAUCGCUAGACUUUUCCACAAUGCUAAACAAGCAACUACUUCCUUUGCUUCUUGUCUGCAUUGCAGUGGCCGCGGCUGCAAUUACAGUCAUGGCCACCACCACGACAGCAUCUUCAGCUGAUGGGGAUGCGACAGUCACGUGCAGCACGGUGUAUAGCAACCUUGAACCAUGUCUCAGCUACGUGCUAGGUGGUGGAUUAAACGUGCCUUCAGAGUGCUGCAGUGGGCUUAAAUCUCUUCUGAGCACUGCACGUACCAAAUCUGACCUCCAGAGUGCCUGCAACUGUGUGAAGAGCGUUGCCUCAAGAGCUACCGGAGUUCAAAUCAACCGUGCUGCUAAAAUCCCGGGAAUAUGUGAGGCCAAUAUUCCAUUCAAGAUUAGUCCAAAUGUUGAUUGCUCAAAGAUCAAAUAAGAGACAUUUUUUGUGAGUGGAAUAAUGUGAAUUUUAAUUUUUCCUGUUUUUUGAGUUUGACCUUUUUUUGUGUGAAUGAGAGUUGGACCACUGUCGUCCCUUUGCGCUACUUUCUUUUCGAGAUACUAUUGAUGUCUUGUUUCUAAUUUGAAAAUUUGAGUAACCUCGAAAAAAUUCACAUUGUGAUAACCUCGAAAAAAUUCACAUUGUGAUAGCUUUGGUAUUUCACAAAUUAGAGAAAUUGGUAUUUGAAUAAAUAAUUUCCUCCUUUGUCUUUGUUACUUUGAGAUGAAAAGUUUGUUGAGAGCAUAUUCGAAGUAGCAGAGGAGGAGGUUUUGAAUGGAUGUUAUUUUUUUAUUGUCA